AUGCAGCGCCUUCGCGGCAUCGAUUGGGCUGCGGUGCGGCGAGAUAGUCACGUGGUAUUUACCAAACUGAUUCGAACCCGUGACCCUCGUGAUACCGAGAACCAAGAUGCCAACCUACCCACCAGGCAGCGCUUGGCGAGAUGCCUGAGCACAUUUGACUUAACAUCACUGGGAGUGGGAUCUUGUGUUGGAACCGGGAUGUAUUUAGUGGCCGGUAUGGUUGCUCGUAAGUUUGCUGGACCGGGCGUGGCGCUGAGCUUCAUCAUAGCUGCCAUUGCGAGUAUUUUCUCGGGUGCUUGCUAUGCUGAGUUUGGCGUCCGUGUCCCUAAUACUACUGGAUCAGCUUAUACUUAUUCUUAUGUAACUGUCGGUGAAUUCAUUGCUUUCGUCAUUGGUUGGAAUAUGGUUCUUGAGUACUUGAUUGGAACGAGUGCAUGUGCCCGUGCUCUUAGUGCUGCUUUGGACACUCUCUUCGAUGGCGCCAUCGGUCGACUCCUUGCUUCCAAAAUGGGCACCUUCUUUGGCAAACCUCCCGACGUUAUCGCCUGCGGCAUAACUCUCCUGAUGACAAUGUUGCUUGUGGCUGGAGUUAGGAAAUCGCUGUUUUUUAACAACCUGCUGAACGCUAUUAACUUGGUGGUGUGGGUCUUUAUCAUGUCUGCGGGGGUAUUCUACGUCGACACAACAAACUGGACUCAUCAUAAGGGAUUUCUGCCAAAUGGAUGGGCUGGGGUGUUCAGCGGCGCUGCAACAUGCUUCUAUGCUUUUAUUGGUUUUGACAUCAUCGCAACGACGGGUGAAGAGGCACACAACCCCAAACGAUCCAUCCCUCUAGCCAUCGUUCUGAGCUUGGCCAUAAUACUCGUAGCUUAUGUCAGCACCUCCGUUAUGCUUACUCUAAUUGUGCCGUACAAUGAAGUGGAUACUGAUUCGGCUUUGGUAAAGAUGUUUGCCUACGUAAAUGCCCCCAUUUGCAAAUACAUCGUUGCUUUUGGAGCACUGGCUGGACUAACAGUUUCUAUGUUUGGAUCAAUGUUUCCUAUGCCGAGGAUAGUAUACGCUAUGGCUCAAGAUGGUCUGAUAUUUAGACAACUGUCAACGGUUUCGGAAACUUCUGGAACGCCGGCUCUUGCGACUGUCUGUGGAGGCUUUGCGGCCUCCUUUGUCUCUCUUCUCAUACAACUCGAAGUUUUAGUGGAAAUGAUGAGCAUCGGUACCCUACUGGCUUAUACUCUGGUGUCGACGUGCGUGUUAGUGCUGCGUUAUCAACCCCAUUCAACAACACUCAUCGAACUACUGCCGCAAAACCUUCGCACUCCGAUGGAUCCUGAGGGUACUGCUUCCGCUCAGCGUGAAACUACCUUUGCUGGAGGCCACAGGAGCGGUAUGAUGUCUGGCCAAAGGGUGAUGGUGCGACGAGUCACCCGCAGUUCUCCUGAUUCUGAUGACACACUGCCUGGCGAUGAUAGUGAAGAUGGUCGUGAUGAUGCUUUUUUGGUUAACUCCAAUAGCGAAAAUAAAUUUUAUGGAGCUGUACCUGGAGGAUGUUCAGCGGGAACGUCACGACUUGGACGCUUUUUCGAUGCUAUCUACCGGCAACUAUUCAGUCUGUCAUAUCUCUGCCCCGGUCUUUUCCCCUGGGUAGACUGCGGGCCGGCAACUGAAGCUUCUGGACUGUUCGUGAUCAAGUCUGUUGGUAUGAUGUACGUCCUGAUCAUCGUCUUCGACCUCUUCGCGGCCUAUGGUAGCCCCGGGCAAUGCACCUUUACUGCUGUCGUCAUGGUGAUGUUGGUCAUUGCUAUAUUCAUCAUCCUGAUACUGAUCUCCAGGAAACCACAGAACCGAACUAAUCUUAUCUACGCAACUCCCGGGCUACCUUUCGUCCCAGCAAUUGCUAUCACCGUUAACAUCUACUUAAUUCUAAACCUCUCUAUUCUGACCCUUGUUCGCUUCACGAUUUGGAUGAUUAUCGGCAUGAUAAUCUACUUCAAGUACGGAAUCAAGAACUCUACUCUGGAGACGAACCCCCCACAGGCUCAAUCCGCUACCCCAAUGUCUCCCAAUCCCCUGGACCGUACCACCAUCCCACCAGGACCACAACAACCCACCACCACUGGCGACAGGAACAUCUUCGAAGGAGACGGCUCUAAACUGUAUGACACAAUGAACGACCCUCUGCUUGCUUGGCACGUUGCUGACUUGGAGCCUGUCCAAUCGACUCGCGGUACCAUCGACUGUUCUUCCUACGUCCAAGUCGAAUCGCGCUACAACGAACGGACCAACAGAACAACCAGCCACACCUCACGGCGACCACCCUGGGCAUACCCCGAUGUUACUUACGACUCAUGGGACAACUAA